UCAAGAUGUAAUUUUUAAGCUUGUUACUAAGGCGUGUCGAAAAUAAAAUUAUAUAUUAAUUAAAUAUUCUAUUCCAUUUCAUGAUAAAUAUCAUUUACAUUUAUUAACCUCAUUUUUAAAGAAAAUUAUAUUAUUUACGCUAUAAUACUAUGUAAAAAAUUGAUACAAAUUUAAAUCAAUCUUUCAUUGACAAUUACUCGAAGUUUGUUUUGGUGUUCGGAACGUUAAUUUACGAAUGUUGAUUUUUAUGGAAAUCUAACAUUAGGAUUAUUUAAAAUCAAAACAUGCUAAAGAUUUGUUAAAAAUGGUUGAUUCUAACAACGAGACGCUUGAUUUGUCGAGGCGUGGGCUAAAGAAAAUAGAGAAAGCGCCUCCGGAAGAAUCAAAACCUAUCAUCAGUUUAAUUCUUGACCAAAAUGAACUUCAGCGCUUGGAUAACAUCGAUUCCUACAGUCGAAUUGAAAACCUGUCAAUAUGCAAUAAUUUUCUCGUCCGUAUGCAUGGAGUGUCCAGACUGACCAACAUUCGCACUCUUGCUCUCAACAACAAUGGGAUUUUACAAAUAGAAGGCCUGAAAGACAUGCUAUAUUUGAAAGUGUUGCAGUUAGCAGGUAAUAACAUCAAGUCAAUAGAACAUCUGAACCACAACAUUCAUUUAGAACACUUGGAUCUCUCCAACAAUCAGAUAUCAUUUAUAGCUGAUAUAUCUUAUCUGAAAGAUUUAAAGCAUCUCAACUUGGAACGUAACCGCAUAAUGGACAUGCGGCAGUGCGAGCGCUACCUGCCUACUCAGCUCACGCAUCUGGGGCUCGCUCACAACAAUAUCCAGGACCUGAAUGAAGUGUCUCACCUGGUGCACCUGAGCCAACUGGAUAGUUUCACCAUGCAAGGCAAUCCCUGUGUCGCAAUGGCUGGAAAGGAUAAGCUUGGCUUCGAUUAUCGUCCCUUCGUUCUCAAUUGGAUAAUGAGCGUUAAAUCAAUCGACGGAUUCAUAGUGAGCGCUAUAGAGAGCCUGAAGGCGGAGUGGCUGUACAGCCAGGGCAAGGGCCGGCACUUCCACCCGGGCCAGCAGCGCGAGCUGUGCGAGUACCUCGCCGCCAGCUGCCCGCUCACCGCCGACGCGCUGGAGACGGAAGACCAGCGGAAGUUGCGCCUCAUCCUCAGCAAGGCUCAGCAUCAUCAACAACAGCUUAAAGAUCAAAACCACAGCCCGGUGAAGUCUAGAAUACAAUCGCCGAGGAUGCAGUCGCGGAUAUCGCAGCGGCACGUGGGCCGGUCGCCGGACCGCCUGAGCUCCAGCUUCCACGCCGCGCUGGCGCACAAGGGCUCGCCCUCGCACGUCAUGUCCGCGUCGUACUCCGGGGAGCUGCCGGCGCACCCGCCCUCCACCUUCGACAGCCCGCAGCACUCCGAGCGCCGCGCAGAAUGUCAAACAGCAGCACAGACUAAGCCUGUAAAUCAAUCUCUGGAAGCCGCUUCGAAAAUGGUCCCGGUACCGGAAUCCUUGAUGAGCCCCGACUACCAGGACCCCAUCUAUGACAUUCAAAAAACCAUACCCAAAUGUACCAACUCUGCUAACAGUGUGUCCAACACGUCCUCGCAGUCGAGCAACAGCAGUAUUAAUGAGGAAAGGAGACAAACGAUCGGUAAAAACUUCAAAGGUUCGCCAAAGCUUACGAAGAGUGCGACCUCCUCCCCUAAGUUAAGGUCGAAAAUUGAACGAAAAGGUAGUCUCUCGAAAGUGGACGUGAAAAACGAAAAAAGGAUGAACGGCUUGAGUGACCGAGAAGACAAUAUCGACCCAGAUAAGCUGGAAGUGAUAAAACUCGCGUCGAAUCAGAGGCGUCAGAAGAAGAUGAGCGUGGAGACGAUGGCGGCCGUCACUAUACAGAAGAUGUGGAGGGGUUAUAGAAGUAGGAACCUGAAUAAGGAUACUUUGAGGAUACUUCAUGCGAUUCAAGCUGCGCGAGCGAGACAACACAUACAGCGUCUGACGUGCGAUAUGGAAGCGACGAAAGCCGCGUUAGAGAGCGAGAGGAAAAUACAGCAAUUGCAGAUGCAGGCGAUCAACGCGCUCUGGAAAAAAGUAUCCACCUUGCAGAGUACUGAUCCUAAGAACAGAGCGUCAGAGUCAGAAGAUAACUCGGAAGCCCUGCGGCACCUCACGGAGACGUGCGUGUCACUACAGGCCCAGGUGUCGGAGCUGCAGGGCUGCGUGCGCGAGGUGCUGCGCGCCGUGAGCCGCGCGCGCGCGCAGCCCGCCGCCACGCAGACCGACAUCAGCGCCGUGCUCACGCCGCAGGAGGAGCGCUGCGGUUGGCUGCGUCGCCCGCAGUCGCUGGCGUUGUCGGCGUCUGCGUCGCGAGCCGAGCGCACCGAUAAACCUACUGAAGUUGACAACAUAGACAUUGAGCGAACGGAGUCAGUCAUAGAAGAGCCCUGCAUAGAGAACCACAAGGAACGGGAAAUAAUUACCGACUGAUGCUAUUACACGCUUUUAUUGCUUCAGCACUACGGUCCAGUGUCGCAUGCAUAGCUUUAACAAUAUGACUUUAAUGUCACAACGCCCACUCUUAUGCUAAAGCCGAGUCACUUAAAACUAUAUCUACCCUUUUCUUUUAUACUAGAAAAUUUAAAGAAGAAAAGGAUAGCGAUAGAUUUUUAAAGAACGUUUCAUAAGGAAAAUACGCAGUUAUACAACGAGCUUAUUUAUAUUUCACGCACUGUUUUUGAAAAACAUAAUAUUUCGGAAGCAAAUCGUUGUUUGGUAAAAUUAAAUUAUUUUAAUUUAUUAUUUGUCUGUGAUUUGAAUACGAAAAGACAGAAAAAGACAAAAGCUUAAAUUAUUUUUAUAUUCUUUUUAGGUAUGCUGUCGAAUAGUUCUUUCUAAAUUAUCAACGUGUUUGAAUUAUAUUUAAAUGUUGCCAGUGUCGGAGUUAGUGUUUAGCAAAAUAAGUUUUUCGUAUCUUAUUUAUUUGUAUUUCACAAAAAGCUUUUUAUAUCAUUUAGGUAAACUUCAUGACAAUAGUUUUAGUUAUUUAUUUAUUUUAUUAUUGUAAGUAAUAAC